AUGUAUAUGUGUGAAUAUUAUUUUUGUUCAAGUAUGGAGGACUUGAGUUUCGUCCCCGAUGUUCCAAGUGGACCUUUGGAUGUGUAUAGAAAAAGCUCGACUUUCGAUUGGAAACGCCUCAAGUUGGCAUUGGAGGGUGAUAUAGAUUUGCUAAAACUUAAGUACAAAAUAUGGCACACGUUGGAGAAGGACCCAUUGUUCGCACACAACACGGUGACCCCAUCCGUGGAGGAACAGAAGCGCAUCACACAACUGCAGUUAAAGAAAAUUAACGAGUACAAAUUUCACACUAAAGAUAUGGUCAAUGCGAGCUAUAGUAUACGGACCCGCACAAUAAUGACAAUAAACGAGGCCAUCCAGUCCCUAAAUCCUAGUGUUUCGGUAAAAAUGGCCAUAGGAAUUUACCUGCCUUCGAAUGCCCUGCUGUCGCUGGGCACGGAGAGGCAUCUCAAGUUCUACCAGUCCACAUUUGUAAAUAGAGAGACGCUGGCCAGUUUUGCUCUAACCGAGAUCGCGCACGGCUCGGACGCGCGCCUCAUGCGUACGACAGCGACGUACGACCCUCAACAGAAGCAGUUCGUGAUACACACGCCAGACUUCGAGGCCGCUAAAUGCUGGGUUGGUAAUCUAGGGCGGACUUGCACACACACAUUGUUAUUUGCACAGUUGAUCACACCGGACGGCACUAACCAUGGACUGCACGGGUUCGUAGUUCCUAUCAGAAACCCCGAGACCUUGGAAACUUACCCGGGGUUAAUAGUGGGAGAUAUGGGAGAGAAGAUCGGCGUCAAUGGGAUUGACAAUGGAUUCAUAAUAUUCAACCAGUACAGAAUACCUCGCGAAAACUUGCUAAACAGAACAGCCGACGUCACAGAAGAUGGGGUGUACGAGUCUUCAUUUUCAGAUCCUUCUAGAAUAUUGGGGGCAGCGCUAGAGAAUUUAUCAGCAGGUCGUAUCGGUAUAAUGCAGGAGAGUUGCCACUCAAUAGCAAGCGCUGUUACCAUAGCAAUACGGUACGCGGCCACGAGGAAGCAGUUCGGUAACAAAGACAACGAGAUACCGCUGAUCGAAUAUCAGUUACACCAAUGGCGUCUCUUCGGAUAUGUGGCUGCGGCAGUAGUUUUCAAAAUGUAUUUGGAGAACUUUACCCGGGUAUACCUCAAUAUUGUCGAGAAAUCGAAUGUCGGAAUAAAAGUUGAUAGUUUGAGCGAGGCGGUGUCGGAGAUCCACGCGAUAGUGUCGUGCAGCAAGCCCCUGCUCUCGUGGACGGUGCUGGCCGCCGCGCAGCAGUGCAGGGAGGCCUGCGGCGGACACGGAUACCUAAAAUUUGCAAACCUAGGCGACAUCCGCAGCAAUCACGAAGCAACGGUAACAUACGAGGGCGACAACAAUGUCCUCUCACAGCAGACGGGCAACUGGCUACUGAGACAGUUCCACAUAGCCAGGACCGGCGGCUCAGUGGACUCUCCGCUCAACAGUGUCACUUUCUUGAAGAACUGGGAGAGGUGCUUCGCAGUGAGGUUUAAAUGUACUAAGACUGAGGAGCUCAAAACUAUAGAAUUUAUAACUACUACAUAUAAAUGGCUAAUAUGCUAUUUAUUAAAACAGACUGACGAAAAAUAUGAAUCAGAAAUCGCCAAAGGUUUGUCAAAGUUCGAAGCUAGAGCCAGGUCUCAGGUGUACAAAUGGAGACAGUUGACGAAACUCUACGCAGAGUACUGCACACUCAUGUUCUCUUAUGAAUGUCUGGAAAAGAAGGAGGAGUCUUUAAAACCGGUGCUGUUGAAGCUGUUCUGUUUAUAUGGGCUCUGGUCGCUAGAUCAACAUUUAGUGGAGUUAUAUCAAGGAGGUUACGCGCAUGGCGAAUCUCUGGCGAGGUUACUGCGUGAGGCGGUGCUGGAGCUGUGCGGCGAGCUGAAGCACGAGGUGGUGUCCGUCGUGGACGCGCUCGCGCCCACCGACUUUGUGCUCAACUCGGUUCUUGGAAAGAGCGACGGAAAUUUGUACCAAAACAUCCAGAAAGCAUUCUUCAACCAUCCCGGCGUGUUCGAGCGAGCGGCGUGGUGGCGCGAAGUGGUCAACUUACCGCACUCUAAGCUUUAA